GCGGGAAAGGCGCGCGGCCGGGUUGCUUCGAGGAUCGCGAAGCGGGGAGCGUGAGGAAAAGGGGCCCUCGGCGAAGGGAGCGUGAGGAAAAGGGGACUUCAACGAAGGGAAUAUAUCCCAGAGAGCUAAAAUGAAUGAGAAGAAUAAAAGAAAGGCUGAAUCAUCAGCAGAAGAAGAUGAAAUCUCUUCUUUCCAAGCCAAAAGAGCCACAAGCAGAAGCUCUCAGGAGGACAUCAACAUAAACCAAGACGGAAUGGAGCUGGACUGGAUGCUUAACUUUGAUGAUUUUGAAAGCAUAGUAGAAGUACCCACUGCCAUUGAGCAGACUGAUAAAGAGGAGGCACCAGUAGAUAACGUAUCCAAUGAUGAAACAGUGAUUCCCUCUGGACAGAGUCGCCAAUGGGACGGUUUUGAUGAUAUUUUUUCCCAGGAACUGUUUUCAAAAUCAAGUGUUUCAAUGUCAGGAAGUGUCCAGGAUCUCAAUAGUCCCCACCACCCAUUUAUGUCAGAUGCUCAGUUGGAAUACUCUAAUGACCUAAGCAUGCUGUUAGGUCAGGAGGAGACCAAGAAAAGUCCCUUCCAGUCUCAGAAUAUAAAUCUAUUUGAGGCUGUUGGUUCAGAGGACUAUGAUCAAAGAAGUGGGGUUGAAUUAUUUCCACAAGAAAGCACUGAUGAAAAUCACUUUAUAAACGAAAUGACUUUCACCUUGGACACUGAAAACCCAGAAUACAAUAAUAUGGAAGCUGGUCACUCUGCUGAAAUAGUCAGAUUCGGCCAAAAUGAAGAAUGGUUCCUGCAGAGUGGUGAUGCUCAGGCUGCAGGGCAGAAACAAACCUCAGCAGAAGAAAGAGCUACCCUGUGGGACUUUUCUCGAGGAAAAAGCGAUAGUCAAGAUAAAGGCAUACUUGAGCUACUCCGUGGUUGGGAGGAUGAUCCCUCCCCCGAAAGAAGAGAAAAUGAGGAAAGCGGCAUAACCACAACUCUAUUCAAUUCAAAUUUGACAGUACCUGCUCCUGAACAAAGCCUGGGGGGUCAGGCUGAAGAAGAGGGCAGCAGUUGGAACCCUCAAGCUUUUGAAGCAUUCCCAAUCUUCUCUGAACUAGAGACACGCUCAUUUUUCAAUUUUGAUCACCCAGCCAGUUCUACCUUUGGGGAACUUGGUAAUUUAAGAGAGGAGAAAGGAAUUACAAAAGAUCUGGCAAAAUGGUCAUCUGAACUUGAAGGUAGCUCAGUCUUAUCUGUCUUUAGAAAAACAGUGCAGGAAAAGAGACAAGAAACUGAAGAUGAGGGGCUGCCAGCAUCUCUUGAACAGAACUGGGUAUCUUCUAGUACUGAUCAAAAAGAAUUUUCUCCUUUCAGGGAGCAAGGUGUCCAAAGUCUACGGUCUUUUCUGGAUGAUUGGGGGGAUCAAAACGAUCCUCCUGGUGCCAGAAAAAGUGACAAAAAGGAAAAAGCUGCCCAACUGCCAAAGAGAAGAGACGGUCUAGCUGAUCCUGAUGAGGAAACCAAAACCAGAAAAUCCAUCAGAGAAUCUUUCACCGAAGGAGAUGAUUCAUUCAUUAGUAGCACCACUAAUAGCAAUAAUAGCAAUUGGAAGGGAUCGGGCUAUCUGGAUUUAGACCUUUCUCUUGAGGACCAGAGUAAGGCUGUUGUUGAAGAUGAGAUUAAGGAUGUUUUUGACGAUAAGUUGCAGGAUGUUAUGGAAGAUAAGUUGCAGAAUGUUAUGGAAGAUAAGGUUCAAGACAUUUUUGAAGGUCACAUCUUCAAAUAUUCUCCUGAACAGCAAAAUUCUCUGAAUUUUGAUUCAAUAUUGGCCAUGCCUGGAAGUUAUCCAUGGACUGAUGUAGGGCAAACCAGUUCAAAUCUUCCAGUUUCACUGGAAGACCAAUCUUGCCAGAAUAAUCAAAAGUCCAGCCUGGAGGAGAAAUGCUCUUCUACUCAAGAGGAAGAUGCAACAGAAACAGUUUGUGGGCUGGCUCUUGAACUCUCUGAUCUCAACCGGCUGGUCAUGAACACCUACAAGAAAAUGAAGCGCUUCAAGGGACAGAAGGGGCAAUACAAUACAACUUUCUUUUAAGGGAACAAAGAACCUUCCUUACCCCGGAAAGAAAUGUUAAAUGUUGUAGAUCUAGGUCAUACCUUAGAGCAAACAAAUUUGAAACACUUGUCCUAAAUCCUUCAUAAUACUCAAGGUGGGGUGCUCUUCUUCUAUUACAGUGUUUUUUUAAAAGAAAGUGGGUAGGCUAAUGCCAAGGAGCUAGCUGUUUGGGGGGUGGGGGGGUAAAGGGCUUCUGUUCCAGCUGGAAUGGGUCUUUCUUUCAACAUCAGGGUGUAAAAAAGUAGGCCCAGAGUAUGGAUCACAUCCCAAUUUUAGUUUUUUCACUAAGAUUUGAGUUAUAAAUCUGGGCUGUGGGGUGGGGAGGCAGAUUAAAAUAGCUGUUUUUCAGUCUCAUCGAUCUACCCAGAGUAGAUUUUCAGUCAUCUUCAAGCAACUAAAGAUAACUGAAACUUUUAGUCAGAAUAAAAACAUACAAAAAUGGUUAAAGAGAUAAGGUCCUGCCUUUGUCCAGGAGUGAGUCUGAGUAACAUAUUUUAAAAGGAUUUUAGCUUAGCAAUGUUAGUUUGAAGAGGACUGUAACGCUAAAUAUGCUUAAGGUUAUUUAUUUAUUCCUUGAAAACUCAGUAUUUCUUUCUAAGGGGGAAAAGGUGUCUUUGUACCUCUACUUUUGCUUUAAGCAUUUAGAUCUUAGGACAUAUUCCAAUUGGUUGUUUUUUUUUCCACUACAAUUUAGGUUAUAGAUUCAGGUUGGGGGAUUAGAAUAGAUGUUUGUUUGGCUCUACAUAUACCCAGAGUAAGUUUUCAGCCACGUUCAAACAACUAAAGAUAAUUGAAACUUUUAGUCAGAAUAAAAACAGAAAAGUGGCUGAGAUAAGAUCCUGGCUUUGCCCAGGAGUCAUUCUGGGUAGUACCUUUAAAAGGAUUUAGUGGCUUAGUAGAGUUAAUUUGAAGAUGACUGUAAUGUUAUAUUUGCUUAAGAAGAUGAAAUAGGUUUAAUACGUUUUUGUUGCAAAUUACAUAUCAUUUGGUUAAGGUUAUUUAUUGAAAGAUUAGUAUUUAUUUUCUGAAAGGGAAAAGGUCCUUUUUGUACCUCUUCUUUUGCUUAAUGUUCAUUUAGGUCUUAG